AUGUUGCAAGAUCAAGCACACAGACCACCGCAUCCGCGACAGUUGUCACGGCAUCCUUCGCUGAACCUCUCAACCGCACAAAACCAGGUCCCGAUGCUACCGGCUAUUUAUCCUCCGCAGUACCAUUCUUAUUCCCAGCUUCCCAACGGAGCUCAAAUAAUUAAUGUUCCUAUGCCCCAACAAGUCCCACUGUCUCCCACGACGCCGUUCGACGUCAACUAUGCCAAGGGAAUGCUCCCACGCCAGCUUUUGAUAAGCUCUCCCUUCAUCCAGUCGCCAAUGGGACCCGCUAGUACCCCUCACACCCAGAAUGCUCCUCAAACACCAAACGGUGAGAGAAUGUUACAAAGACACACACAGCUAGUCAAUGCAGACCAAUACUACACCAGAAGUCCCCAGAAGGGCGGCCAGCGAAGGAGCUCGUUCUCCAAACUUCUCAAGUCCAAGCUCUCGAACGUUAAUAAAGCUCCAAAAGUGCUUUCCGAGUCUGAGUCGCUGGAAAUUGAACCUUCCGAGCCUGAAACAAGGUCGCUCAGAUUCAUUAAUUUGCGGCCCGACUUCGAGCUCCCGGACUUCCUGGACCUUAUUGAGUACGGUCCGAUCGAAAAUUGCUCGUUUGAAUUACCCAAACAGUCCACGUCUUCGAAAUCUGUGAUUUUGUCGUUUGUGGAGACCGAAACUGCCAAAAAAUGUUAUGUGAAACUGAACUCGAUCAUCGACGAGUUGCGAAGCGUGCUGGAGUCUCCCGACAUGGAGAUCGUGUACGCAAAAGCCAUGCCAUUAUUGCCUGCUGUCGAAUGGGCAAUCGAGAACGACGGCGCCACCAGGGCCGUUUGUCUCACUAAUAUUCAGCCUGGGCUUCCACUGAAAAUGAUCUCUCAGGAGCUCGAACAGAUUGGCCCUGUUGAGCAGAUCAAGUACAUCCCAAACAAGUACGCAGCGUUUGUGCACUUCACAUCCAUCUCGACUGCCAUCAAGUGCGUGGAGCAACUGGCUCUCAGCGAGUCCAUUUUGUCAACCUGUAAAGUGUUUUACAGCAAGGAGAAAAAUGCCACUCCUAGCCAGUCCAACGGGAAUUCUACGCUCGAUCUCGAGUACGAGGACCCUAACCAGUACUCGGAUUUCUACUCGACUCCUUCCACAUCAAUGUCAUCGCCUCAAAACUCUGGAGUUCAGAUCCACAAGUCGUCGUCUCGCCAGUUAAAUGACACUUCUUCCAGUUAUAGCCACCAAUACGUCCACCAAUACCACACUCCAGUGCUGCACUCGUCGUAUCCUCCGCAGAAUGAGGCGGUUGACUCUUAUGGUGGUAUGAUGUACUCACACCCGUCAUUGGGAGAAUCCACAGUCUAUUCGAACGGAUCGGCUGGAACGUACUCUCCACCUCUCAAUGAUACCAUGGACACUUUGUCAGUGAUUUCCAGACCGCAGCUACGCCAGUCGAAUUUUGGCAACAGAACCGUGUAUCUCGGCAAUAUCCAUCCGGAAACCACCGCAGAGGAGGUGUGCAACACUGCCAGAGGAGGACUUCUGGAGUCUGUUAAACUUAUUCCUGACAAGCGGAUAUGCUUUUUGACAUUUGCCGACUCUGCAUCUGCUGCGCAGUUCUUUGCUGCAGGGACCAAGGACAAGGUUACAAUUCACGGGAGAAGAGUCAAGGUUGACUGGGGAAAGCAUUCUGGUCCGCUGGACCCAGAGAUUGCAGACGCGAUCGAGAAGCAUGGGGCUUCCAGAAACCUGUAUAUCGGAACCGAGCCUCGUCCGGAAGGUGACGAAGAAGAUCUGACAGACCGUCCAGUCAUUCCAGACGCAGACACGCUGCGCAAGGAUUUCUCGAUCUUUGGCGAGGUGGAGCAGAUCAACUUCUUCAGAGACGGACAAUGUGCGUUUGUGAACUUCUUGAACAUCAUGUCGUGUAUCAACGCGGUGGAGGAUUUCAAUGGACCAGGAAGCGACGCGGUGCACACUUCAUUCGAGAACAAGUACAAGCCGUUCAAGAUUUCGUUUGGCAAAGACCGCUGUGCGAAUCCACCGAAAACGAAGAAGCACCAGAAAAGAAGAAACAAAAAACGGAGAGAGGCCGAGGAGCCAAGUAAGAACGUCAAGGCGUCGUCCGAAGGAACCGCUGUUCCGGACACUGACACCCUGUUGAAAGUCCCCGCGUUGAAGAGCAUCGGUAUCUCUUCCAAAAUGUACGAGGAAAAACGUUCCAGUGUUUUACCUGUUACGGAGAAGAUUACGGGCGAGGACAGUUCUACUGAUGUUAUGGACAAGGAGUUGAAACCGCUGGUUCGCGAAGUUAGUGCGCUGAGUGUUGAGGAACCUAGCGUCAAGCCGCCAGUGUCUAUUCCCGAAAGCGACAUUUCGUACUCUUCUUCAGACGAUAUCCCCAAGAGCUCGCCGAGAAUGACGCGCAAGACAGGCCAUCCACAGCAGCGGCCUCGACUGCCAACCAGCUUCUCGCGCUCGUCGUCAACCAACUCGAUUAACUACUUCAACCACGCCGACCACUAUGCUCCGCAGCAAGCUGUUCAGUACCAUCCGGUGUACCAGCAGGCAUCUCCAAUGUACCAAAAAACAUACGCAUACCCGUAUUCGCAGGCCCAAAUUCAAGGACACCCGAGAAUUUCGAGAACCAACUCGCGCAAGACGUUGCACCACGAGCCUGCUUCUCCAGCAUCGGGCCAGUACGUAUACAUGCAACAGGGAAUGCGUCCGGCUGGCCACCAGCCGGUUUAUUAUAAUUAUCCCGAUUAUUACAACUAUGGGUAUCCACAGGCUGAUUUUUUCAUGGAGGGCCACGAAGAAGAAGAGCUGGAUCACUCUGACGGUUCUUUUCGUGAGGAAGCUGUCCAGGACUAA